AAGAAAAAACAAAAAUCAGAAAACCUUCAAGCAUCAUUUCCACAAAAACAAAAAGAAGAUGCUGAUGCACCACACAACAUCCACAACGUCCACGGCGACGAUGACCAACUCCUCGUCAUCGGCCACGCCCACACCAGGGUCGACCUCCUCCAACAACAGUGCCACACUCGAGACGAUGCACCACCAGCAGCAGCAACAGCAGCAGCAGCUGCAGCAUCAACUGCAGCAGUUGCACACGAAUGCUGCAAACAAUUCGCGUCCACCCUCGCGUGCCCCUUCGAUUCUCGAUAGCCCCACGCUGGCGCGUGUGGAGCGUGCACGUCUCCGGCUCGAGCAGCAGGAGCGUGAGCGAGAGCGAGAGCGUAGCAGCCAGAGGGGAGGCGACAUCAAUGGUGGAGGAGUUGGAGUCGGUGGCGGUGGCAGCAGCACAGGAACGGGCAGCACGGCAACGACAAUGAAUCGUGAGGAUAGCCUGGAGCGGAGCAUAUUGGAUCCCAAGAAAGAGACGGCGCCCUGGCAUCAGAUGUGGACGCAUAUGAAACGCCUAUCGCACGCCUCAAAAGUCAAUUCGACAAGCAGCCUGACGGCGCAGAAAACCGAUGUGGGCGGAGGAUCCCCGCAUCCUCAUCCGCGUUCACAUCCACAUCCUAAUAUGACGCCCACAGGCGGCGGCACAACAACAACGACGACGACGAUGACGGGUGGUGUUGGUGCGACAAUGCCUGGGAAAUGCAUUUUAUUCCCGGACAGGACAUCCUCCCUGAAAAGCUCAAUGUAUACGCAACAGGUGUACUUCAGGCCCGAUAUGCAAUCCUUGCUGGCUGGACGCAUUCCGGUGGCCUCCAUGACGGGGCCCAUUAAGCGAGGACUCCUCUGGCAGCAAAGGGAUCGCCUGUUCUCCCGCUGGAAGGAAAGAUACUUUGUGCUUACUCGUGACUACUUGCAUUGCUUCAAGAGGGCCUCGGGAUCGGCCAAUGAACGUGCCUCCGAUAUGGGACAAUUUAUAUUUAAGGUCAAGCUGGUGGAUGUCGAGAAGGUGGAGUGGCUAAAUCGGCGCUCAUACAGCGCCAUUGGACUGUUGUUGGGUCGCGAGGGUCGUGUGCUCUUGCGCUGCGACGAUGGCCUCGAGGAUUGGUUCGAGCUUUUGGAGGAAUGCACUAUGACCUCCAAGGAGCGACGACGAGCUUUGAAGAUUGCCCAGGGACCGCGCUCGAGAGCCUCGCUGGCUGCCCCCGUGUCGCAUGCCUCGCUGCAGUUCCAGCACUUUGGACUGGGUGGCACCUACUCGAGUGCUCUGGAUGAUUGGCUGAUGACGAAUGGAACGGGUGGCGGAUUGGCACGCCACAAGAUCGGAGCUGGCAGCCUGAACGGCUAUGGUGGCGCCAAUCCCUUCCUCUUCUCCGAUUCGGUACCAGAUCUGAGUGCGCUGAACAACGAGAACCACAACCACCACUUGAGCGGCAUCAGCACGAACCACUCGACGCCCCAGAAGAUACCCCACCACAGCAAUGCGAAUCUCAGUCGGUACUCGAACGGCUAUGCCUCUGCACAGAACAGCUUCACGCAGGGCGGAGCUCUGUAUGGGUCGCCCAGGCGCAUCUUCAUCAACAGCAGCUUCGGCAGCAAUCAGGUGGUCGACGAGGAGACAGAGGAGGCGGAGGUUCAACUCCGACGUCCCAGGCUCUUCCGUGGGGUAAGUGCCACACCGGACAAUGGCAAUGAGCUGGACAGGGACUGGCUAUACCGCAAGCCCCGAGCGCCCACCGAUAUGCGGCACUCAGUUCAACCCAUGCUGCCCACGGGUGGAGGUGGAGGAGGAGGCUGUGCACCCAGCAAAAUCGAACUGGACUGCUCGGCCCAUGACAGCGGCCUGGAUACGCCACCGUCCACGCAUCGUCCGUCCAGCUAUCGCGAGGCAUCGCGGGACAGCACCGAGACGAACGGCAGCUCCUCGCGGGGCACUCUGCUGAACAAUGGCUCACCAGCAGGCAGCUUUCGGGGCAAGAAGCUGAGCAGCCAAGUCAGCAAUCUCAACCAGCUCAAUGCCCUCAACGGCUCGCGGUACUCGGUGCAAGACCAGCGUAUCCUUAAGAUGCGCAACAACGAGGAGGAGCGCUGUGCCUCCAUCAAGAUGGCCAAUCGACUGAAUCAGAAUCACGAGCAGCCACAGCAGCAGCAGGCCUCCUACGAUCCCAACCAAAAUCGUUACUAUAAGAAUGGCAAUGCCACGCCCCCCACAUCACUAACGCCGCAGCACACGCCGCAGCAUAAGCUGCUGAUGAUGCAGCAACAGCAACAGCAGCACCAUCAUGGCAAUGCCAAUGUCAAUGGAAAUGGUGCCGCGUUGAAUGGCAACACAAAUGGUUCGGCCAUAUUCCGGGAACGCUACCAGCAUCCGGCCUUGGCGGCCAUCAUCAACGAGGCCCAGGGCCUGAAGUUUCGAGAACGCGCCUAUUCGGACAGUCAGCAGCGUCGCCUGCUGAACAACAACAAUGGACCGACGGCCAUCCAGCCAGCCUCGCCGCUUGCCCAGAGGCGGAAUAAUGCUGGGAGUGGACUCGGCGCUGGUUCCAUCUAUGGUACGCCCACGCGUGUAUAGCGUUUGCAGGUCUAAGGGAUGGCUGGACGAUGGUGAAGAUGAGAAGACCAUUCCGACUAGAUGUUUAAGUGCAGUAGCAGAAGUUGAGGAACGACGAGUCAUGAGUAAAUGAAAUUAGAAAUUUGCAUAGAAAAUACGUCAACGAAGUAGCAAUUAAAUAAGUAUAGUAGACUCUUAGUGUAUGUGUGCUCCAAUGUCCAGCUUUACGUAAAUGUUUAAAUAAAAUAUAAAUACUCUAAAAAAAGGCAAA